GCAAAACUAGUGGUCAAAAAGCAAAGAAAAAGCAAUAUAAUAAGACGAAGCAUCCUUGGUUUACUUUAAUAAUGAGCACACUGGCCUGCCUUGCACUAGUUGUGGGUCUUUACUACGCUAAUAGGGCGAAUAAUUUAAAAUCAAAAGCCUUAAAACAGGAGCAGAAAACAAGAAGAAAUGUUGUUCCCGAAGAAAAUCCCAUAAAAGAAGCCAAAAAGAGCUCAGAACGUGCUGAAGACAUUUCAAAUGAUCAGAAAACAAGAAGAAACAACACUCAGUUCCCUACACAAAAUCCUAUCAAAGAAAGAACGAUUUCUGUAGAAGCUACAGCGAAAGUUAUCUCUUCGUCCGAGGAGCAACAAAAUAAAAGAAACAAUAUUGAGGAAACUGAAAAGAGUUCCAAACAAGUAAAAACUCAAAAUAAUUCAAGCAAGAAGAAAAAUGAUGAUAGGAUUGAUGAAGGAAAAUCAAAAUUCUCCGAUGAGAAAAAUACUCCAGCUCCAAAAAGUGCAAAGACUAAAGAUAGAGGAAAAGCAAAAAGAAAGGUCGAAGUUAAGUCUACAACGGUCAACAACACUAAACAACUAUCACCUAAACUUGUUGACUUUAAAAGAGUUCCGAGGCUUGAUGGUGUUAAGGUUGGAUAUGAGAGGAAUAUGGAAUUGGAACCUGGUAAAAUGUAUAAAGUUAUAACGAGAAGUCUUCGUCCUCCGAUUUUUGAAAUACCAAACUUUCUCACUGGAGAAGAAUGUCAACAGAUUAUAAAACAAGUCAAGAAACAAGUCCUUGAACCGAGCCCUGUUAGUGAUAUCAAUAAUGAUAACAUUGAACCAACCAAUCAGGAAACGUUUAAUGAAUGGGAUUAUAAUAAGGAUCAUGUGAUAAGCCCCAUAGAGGUGAUGCAUAACAUGAUCGACCUGAGUGAUUUGUAUUUUUCCCAAAAAGAUAUCACGAAAAUGUUUAAAGACUUGAAAGUUGAUAAAAACGGAAAUGGUGUCAUCGAUUUAGGCGAGUUUCUUCAUGUCACAACAUAUCGCAUUGUAAGAUAUCUCCAUGAUUUGGCUCGCAAUCUUAAUAGAGUAAAGGGAAGAAACAGUAAGCAGACUUGGGCUGAACACAGUGUUAUCAAAGGACUGGAUGAAAGAGUUGCAGCGCUUACCAAACUUCCAGUCGUUGUAGUUGCACAAAGCGAAAAACUCCAGGUGGUUCAAUAUGACCCUGAAGGACAUUAUCACUGCCAUCACGACUCACAGCCCAUCGAAGAAGAAGUACCAUGUUGCUAUGAACGUGAUAAACGACACUGUCGACUCUGCAGGUAAGAUUCUUUUCGUACUUGCUAUAGUUAAGAAAUAUAAAACGG